GACAGUCAGUGAAAGAGAAUUGAAAGAAUAUAAUAGUUAAUUACAAGUGAAAAUUUUAAACAAAAAAAAUUUUAAAUAAAUAAUUUUGUAAAAAAAAAUAUUAGAAAAAAAUCUUAAAAUUUUUUUUGGAAAAAUGUGGUUUUAUUUGGUGUUUUUAAGUUUGUCUUUAAUAAAUUCUUGUCUAGCGCUUGAAUUGAAUGUGCAUAAUACCAACGAAUCUGUUUCACAUCGAGAAGCUAGACGCAGUCCUUUAACAGAUAGUUGUGUAACCAGUGAUGAUACCACCGGCACUUGUAUGUCACGUUUUAAGUGUUUAAGUUCGGGUGGUAUACCCAAAGGUUAUUGCAGUUCAUUUGGUGUUUGUUGUGAAACCAAUCUACAAUGCAACAUGGCCUCAAGAUUAAAACGCACUAUUAUUAAAAAUCCUGCUGUUUUUAAUUCAAAUCCCUGUAUCUAUACCAUACAACCCUAUAGUCCCGAUGUCUGUCAACUUUUGAUACAAUUCGAAAGAUUUGAAAUGCAACCGCCAAACUAUGAUGCUGGUAAUAAUGUCUUAGAAUGUGGUGAUAACUUAUCUAUAGGUGAUUUUACUCUCUGUGGCGAUAAUAAUGGACAACAUUUGUAUUUACCCUUUAAUGUGGCCAGUGGUGUACCCGAAAUUACCUUAACCUUUAAUCUGCCCAAUCGUUGGUCAGCUUCAAUAUGGCGUUUGGUUGUUACACAAUUGGAGUGUCCCGCUCAACCUAAAAAGCGUGCACAAUCUUUUAUGCCUUUCGUUAAUGGUAAUAAUUUACAAAAUCUUCGCACCAUUUUUACCUCACACAGUAAUGCCGAUUUGGAAUUAUUGGCUCCGCAUGGUUGUCAUCAGUACUAUACUCAGUUGACUGGUAGUAUUAAGAGUUUCAAUUACAAGCCGGAUGGUUCAACGUAUUAUCUACCUAAUAUGAAUUAUGUGAUUUGUAUUAAACCAACUGGAGGAGUUAACAUGAUAGAAUACCAGGCACAAAAAUUCUCCAUGUCGAAUGCAAUUCCAGGUAGUCCAGGUUAUGAUGGUGACUGUCGUGGCACGAUACAAACACCAUUUAGACGUGAAGAUUAUCUAAUGAUACCACAAUCAUAUGUAGCCAAUAGUAUGAGUAUUUUACCAACAUAUUAUUGUGGCACAUCACUACAAACGAAUCCCUCGCUAGUGGCUUCGGCGCCAUUUAUAAUGUACUUUUCCAGUGAUGAAUUUACAGAUACAACUGAAACUGGUUUCGAUAUACGUUACACUGUUAGAACAAUGUAUUAAAAGGCAUUUCAAAUGAUAAACUCAUUUUGUAUACAUAUAUAUGAAGGUUUUAAGUUUAUUUACAUAUUUGAAAUCGGGUUGUCAAGGGGUUUGAUUGUUGAAAAGAAAAUUUAGAAAUAUUUUUUUAUUUUUAAUCUCAGUUAGUUAAGCUUAAAUCAUUCCUUAAGUUUCUGCCGUUUAUGGUUUAAGUAUUUUAUAUAUUUUAUUUAAAAUUUAAGAACAUUAUUUAAGUAAUCAUCAUUUAUUAUAUUUUUUAAUAAACUUACAGUUUAAUCGA